AUGUCUGUAUUUAGACGUGGAUCGAUUGCUGCGUGUAUUGUGCUUGUUCUGUUUGACUGUUUCUGGGAAGCAGUUACUGGGCAGCAGUUCUCCUACUCAGUGUCAGAAGAGUCGAAAACCGGGACAACAGUCGGAAAUAUUGCAAAGGAUUUAAACAUUAAUGUUCAGGAACUGGAGUCACGAAUGUUUCAAAUUCUCGCCGGAUCAGAGAAAAAAUAUUUUGAGGUAAAUUUUAGAACUGGAUUUCUUUACGUGAAUGAAAAAAUUGACAGGGAAACGCUUUGUGCUAAAACGAGCAAAUGUACCGUCAGUGUGGAAGCUGUUAUUAACAACCCUUUAAAGAUUUAUCGAAUUGAAAUUAAUAUUUUGGAUGUUAAUGAUAAUGCUCCAACAUUCAGUGAACAAUCACACACGCUCGACAUUGCAGAGAGUUCACUUCCUGGUGUCAGACUGCCUUUGCCUCGGGCCACCGACAUAGAUGUUAGUAAAAAUUCAGUAAGUACGUACAAGCUAAGUUCAAAUGAAUAUUUUACCCUAUCGAUGUCCAAAGGAGCAGAGCAGAGCGCAUCUGCAGAAUUAGUACUGCAGAAAGCUUUGGACAGAGAGAAAGAGCCUGUGAUUCUUCUGACAUUAACCGCUGUCGAUGGUGGAAGCCCUCCAAAAUCCGGAACAUCUCAAAUAAUAAUUAAUGUUUUAGAUGUAAAUGAUAAUGCCCCAGUAUUUAGUAGGCCACUUUACAAAACAACUAUUUCUGAAAAUGUCCCGGUUGGCACAACAGUUGUCAUAUUAAAUGCGACAGACGCUGAUGAAGGAAUGAAUCGUGAGAUUAUUUAUUCUAUAAAUAAAAGAGACCAGGACAAAAUUUUAGAGAUUUUUGUCAUUGAGCCGUAUUCUGGAGCCAUAACAGUGAAGGGCAAAGUAGAUUUCGAGGAAGACGUUGCUUUUGAAAUUCAUGCUCAAGCCAGUGAUAAAGGACAGCCUCCAAUGGCUUCACACUGCAAAGUUCUGAUCGAGGUGCUGGAUCAAAACGACAACGCACCUGAAAUAAGAGUAACGCCGCUGCUUCGUACUGUAAAGGAAGACGCUGAAAUCGGUACUGCCAUUGCACUUGUAUCAGUGACUGAUCGGGACAGUGGUAAAAAUGGCUUGGUGAAUUGUAUUGUCUUAAACAAAACUCCAUUUAAACUUGAGACUAACUACAAAAAUUACUAUUCUCUAUCAGUCAAUGGCCCUCUAGACAGAGAAAGUCGCUCUCAGUAUAACAUUACUAUUAGGGCUACUGAUGAAGGGACUCCUUCUCUCAGCAGCACCACUAUAAUUACUAUACAAGUUUCUGAUGUAAAUGAUAACGCACCACUGUUUCUAGAGGACACCAUUAAUGUUUAUGUAAAAGAGAACAGCCAGGUUGGAGUUGUUAUUGAAACAUUGUCUGCAUUUGAUGCUGACAUUUAUGAAAAUUCACAGAUUACUUACUCUGUUUUAGAAAAGAAUAAUAACCGAAUACUUUUAUCUACGUUGGUUAAUAUAAAUUCAGUUACAGGAAAUAUUAAAACUUUAAAAUCUUUUAACUACGAAGAAAUGAAAACAUUGCAGUUUAAAGUUCAGGCCACAGAUUCUGGUGUUCCUCCAUUGAGCAGUAACGUGACUGUGAAUGUUUUUAUCCUGGAUGAGAAUGACAACAGUCCCGAGAUUCUUUCUCCCUAUUCUGAACAUGGCUCUCUUCACACUGAGAACAUUCCAUAUUCUGCUGAAGCAGGCUACUUUGUGGCCAAGAUCAGAGCUGUGGACUCCGAUUCUGGAUAUAAUGCACUGCUAUCUUAUCACAUCUCUGAACCCAAAGGAAACAAUCUCUUCCGAAUCGGAACCAGCACCGGGGAGAUCAGGACUAAAAGAAGAAUGAGUGACAAUGACCUGAAAACUCACCCGCUUGUCAUUUUGGUUUCUGAUAGUGGAGAACCCUCCCUGUCAACUACUGUUUCUAUUGAUGUUGUGGUUGUUGAGAGCACAGAUGAAAUAAAAACUCGGUUCAAACAUGCACCAAUAAAGGAUGACAGUUUCUCGGAUUUAAACAUCUAUUUGCUGAUCGCCAUUGUGGCAGUUUCGGUGAUAUUUUUUCUGAGUCUGAUCAGCUUAAUAGCUGUAAAAUGCUGCAGGACAGAUGGCAGUUUCAGCAGAUAUAGUGCCCCAGUGAUCACCACGCAUCCUGAUGGAAGCUGGUCUUACUCCAAAUCUACUCAACAAUAUGAUGUGUGUUUUAGCUCGGACACACUGAAGAGUGACGUAGUGGUUUUCCCUGCAACCUUUCCGCCUGCAGAUGCUGAAUUGAUCAGUAUAAAUGGAGGAGACACCUUUAACAGAACGCAAACACUUCCAAAUAAAGAGAAGGUAGGAAAUGCGCUAUACUGUUCUCCAGUCUUCAUAUGA